AUGGCGGAUUUGCUCCUUCAAAAGGAGCUUAGCAGCGACGAACGAUUUAGGCCAUGUUCCUGUGGAAAUGGCGGGAGAAAAACCUCCAGCGAACCCGUCGAAAAGUGGGAGUUAUCUUGUCGACAAGAAGGUGGUUGGCAUCGACUGGAAGGCGGAAGCAUACUACAAACUCGUA